AUGAAUUUCAAACAGAAACUAAGUCUCUCGAUAGUUCUAAUCUAAAUGACAUUGCUUGAAGUAAAUGGUGUGGAUCCGUGCAGCUCAAAUUUUUAAAAUGUAUGUAAAUGUGGAACAGAUACAAUAUCUGAAUGUUCAAAUAUAGACUACUGUGUAGAUAUCACAGCCUCUUCUGGAAAUUGUGUAGCAGCUUGUAGUAAUAUAGUUGUAAGUAGCUGCAUUUGUGGAUCAUCAACAAAAACGUAUUGUAAUGGAAGUUCAAUUUGUACUUCUGAUGUGUGUUAUCCGACUUGUACAACAGCAGGAUAAUCAAAUUGUGUUUGUGGAACUGACUAAUAAAUAUGUUCAUCCACAUAUUGUGAAAAUCCAAGUGCAUUUUCUGGAAAUUGUAAAGAUGCUUGCUCUGUAUCAAAAGUAUCCGAUUGUUAUUGUGGAACAACAACAAAAACAUAUUGCAGUUCAACUUAAAAAUGUCAGAGUAAUGCAUGUAUAAGCAGUUGCACUACAGCAUUUCAAGCAAAUUGUGUUUGUGGAACUUCAACUCCAACAACAUGCACUGCAUCUACAUUUUGUAAAGAUCCUAGUGCAUCAAAAGGAUAUUGCUUAACUUAGUGCGCUAAUUCAAGCUCUACAGUUUGUCUUUGUGGAACAUCUAAAUAUUGUGCUGAAUAUUGCGAUCCUUAUGCCUCUUCUCCUACUUGUUCUUUUCUUGCAGUUGACUGCACUUCAGCAAAUUAAACCAAUUGUGUCUGUGGAACUACAACUCUGUCUUCGUGUAGCGGAGGUCGUAAAUGUUUGGAUCCAACUGCAGCAACUGGAGUAUGCGCAGGUAGUUGUAGUCAAUACUAAUCUACUAACUGCUACUGCGGAACUUCAACUUCUACUUAUUGUGCUUCUCCAAAUCAAUGCUCUAACAAUACAUGUGGUGAUAGUUCUCCUUCAAAUUGCAGUUCAGCAUUUCAAGCCAGCUGUUCCUGUGGUAGUUCUACAAAAUCGACAUGCACCUCGACAACUUAUUGUGUAGAUCCAAGUGCGUCUUCUGGAGUUUGCAAGUAAGCCUGCUCUAUUGGAACAGUGUCUGAUUGUAUUUGUGGUACUUCAAGUAAAGCUUAUUGUGAUUCAACCAAAUAGUGUUCAAGCGACUCAUGUGUUACUUCAACUCCAAAUUGCAAUUCAGCAUUUUAAAACAGUUGUUCCUGUGGUAGUUCUACAAAAUCAACAUGCACUUCAACUACAUAUUGUGUAGAUCCAAGUGCAUCUUCUGGAGUUUGCAAGUAAGCCUGUUCUGGUGGAACAGUAUCUGAAUGUAUUUGUGGUACAUCAAGUAAAGCGUAUUGUGAUUCAACCAAACAAUGUUAAAGCGACUCAUGUGUUGCACUAUAAAAUUGUUCCACAAUUAAUUAAACUAGUUGUUCAUGUGGAACUUCGACAAAAUAAGCAUGUAGUUCUAGUACUUAUUGCAAAGAUCCAAAUGCAACAAAUGGAAUUUGUAUUAAUAAAUGUUCUGGCAUGACAGCAAGUGAUUGUAUUUGUGGAUCUACUACAUUAUCUCAUUGUAGCUCAACUUAAAGGUGUUAAGAUAGUAUGGCUGCUACUGGAAAUUGUUUGGACAUCUGUACUUCAAACUUUUAAAGUAACUGUUCUUGUGGACAAAGUUCAUAUAAUAAUUGUGAUAGCUCUAAAUAUUGCGCAAAUGCAUCUGCAAAUUCUGGUUAAUGUUAUGAUAAUUGUACUGUUAGUCUUAGAUCAUCAUGUAUUUGUGGAACCACCUCUAAAUAAGGAUGCUCUAAUUCAUAAACUUGUGAAGAUUCGACUGCUACUACUGGUAAUUGCAUUUCAAUUCCAAGUUGUAUUAGUAAUUUUGAUAAUUCUUGUUAAUGUGGCACAUCCUAAACUUCCACAUGUUCUUCAUCUACUUAUUGCAGUGAUGUGAGCUAACCAACAGGAGUUUGCUUAUAAAAUUGCAAUUAAAAUUUAAAAUCAAAUUGUAUUUGUGGGACUUCAAAUAAGGUUGUUUGUAAUAAAACUUAAACUUGCCAAAAUGUAACAGAUUAAAAUGGGGUUUGUAUUGAAAAUUGUCAAAUAAAUUUAUAAAGUAAUUGUUUGUGUGGUCAUUCGGCAACACCUUUUUGUGGUUAAAAUGAACAUUGCCGAGAUUAUAAAUCUUUUAUGGGAAGUUGUGUUUAAGAAUGUAAUCAAUUCUAAAAUAACUGUGUAUGUGGUACAUCAUAUUAUUCAGAAUGUACAUCUACAACAUAUUGUUCUUCUAAAUAAGAAGGUGUAUGUUUAGAAUAAUGCUCGAGAUUUUAAUAGUCAAACUGUAUAUGUGGGAUGAAAAUUAAAUAGGCUUGUUCAAGUAAUGAAAGCUGUGUUGAUCCAUAUGAAGAUAAUGGCAUUUGUAAUUAAGGAACUUGCAUGUAAAAAUUUUAGUCAAAUUGCACUUGUGGCGUCGUUAAUUAAGUUAAUUGCAAUAAAUCUUAAUAUUGUUUAGAUUUUGCUGCCAUAAAUGGAAAUUGCUUUGAAAAAUGUCUUUCAUUUCAAAAUAAUUGUUUGUGUGGAAUAGAUAGUUAUGACCUAUGUUUUUCCUCCACAUACUGUUUAUAAUAAUCUAGAGGCAUCUGUAUGCCAGAAUGCACAUCAACUAAUCCUCGAAAUUGCAUAGCUUUGUCUGAUGACUAGGCAUGUCUAGAUAAUUUGGGCACUAUUUUUAAUGCCACCACUGGAAAAUGUGUGCCGAAUUGUAGUUAAAAUGGUUCAACUAAUUGUUUCUGCGGAUUGGUAUCAUCAAAUUAAGACUAGAAUCAGAUAUGUUAAUAAGGAUUUGAAUGCUAAAAUCUUGCAACUCCAUAAAUUGGGUGUGUUGAAAAAUGCACAACAAAUAAAAAAAAAAGUUGCUAGUGUGGAUUAGAUAAAUCAUAAUAUUGUAAUGAGAAUUAAAUCUGUGCAGAUCCAUCCUUAUCAAUUGGAGAAUGCACACAGAAUGUUAGCGAGAUUUAAAAUGUGUAAUAUUCAAAAAUUAUACAUUUUGGAAUAUUUGCAAUAAUUGUUUUUUCCAUUAUAGUAUGA